GAUUUGUUCUAAAAUUGUUUUCAGAAAUGAUAGAUGUGCCUAUUCAUCCUCUAUAUUCAUUCACUAAUCACCUUAGACUUGUUUAGAAAAUUGUCUAAAGAAUUAUUUAUCUUGUCAUAUUGAUAGUUUAUUACACUUUUAACUGACUCGUUCAAACAAUAGCCAUUCCCAUUUAUAUGGACCGUUAUUAAUUAAGGCACGUAGCAACAUCAUUCCUUCUCCGUUUUCUUUUCUUCAAUGGCCAAAUUGGUUAAAUCACUUCAGAUUUUGCUAGCUCUUUUUGUAUGCACAGAACAGUCUUCUUCCUUAGCUCAAGAAGCAACCCAUUUCAUCUACAAUGGCUUCAGAGACGCAAAUCUAAGUCUAAAUGGGGCAGCAAAAAUCCAUCCAAGUGGUCUGUUAGAGCUAACAAACACUUCCCACCAACAGAUAGGUCAUGCUUUUUUUCCAUUUCCAUUUCAUUUCAACAAAUCUGCGUCUAAAAAUUCUUCUUCAUCUCUAUCAUUCUCUACGACUUUUGUGUUUGCUAUAGUACCAGCGUCGCAUGAUAACGAUGGCCAUGGCUUUGCCUUCGCUAUCUCACCAUCAGUAGUGUUUAAAGGAGCAACCGCAACUCAAUAUCUUGGACUUUUUAACUCUACUACAAUAGGCUUGCCUUCCAAUCAUUUACUUGCCGUGGAAUUUGAUACUGUAAGGAAUGCUGAAUUUCAAGAAAUCGAUGGAAAUCAAGUUGGAGUAGAUUUAAAUGAUCUAAAGUCUAAUGAAUCAGCUCCUGCCUCCUACUUUUCGCAAAAUGAAGCAAAAAACCAAAGCUUGAAACUUAAAAGUGGGGAUCAAAUUCAAGUGUGGAUAGAAUAUGGUCAAAUGGAGAAGCUACUGAAUGUAACACUUGCUCCAACACCAAUCAAGAAACCAGAAAAGCCUCUUUUGUCUACAAGAAUCGAUCUUUCUUCAGUUUUCUUGGAUUCUAUGUAUGUUGGUUUCUCUGCAUCUACUGGUUCUGUUGCGAGUCACCAUUACAUUCUUGGAUGGAGCUUCAACAACAGUGGGCAAGCACAAAGUCUUGAUCUUUCAAAGCUUCCUAAGCUUCCUAAGCUUCCUAAGGGUAAAUUAAAAUUAAGCAUUGUGGUUCCGUUGGUGACGCUAAUUAUGCUGUUUAUUGUAGCUAUGUUAGCAACUAUCUUUAUAAUAAGGAAGAAGAGAUAUGGUGAAAUUCGUGAAGAUUGGGAACAACAAUAUGGUCCCCAGAGAUUUUCCUAUAAGGACCUCUAUAGAGCUACAAAAGGUUUUAAAAACAAGGAGCUUCUUGGCUGUGGAGGUUUUGGAAAGGUUUAUAAAGGAGUAUUACCUACAAAUAAUAUAGAAGUUGCAGUCAAGAAAGUUUCGCAUGAUUCUAAACAAGGCAUGAAAGAAUUUGUAGCUGAAAUUGCUAGCACAGGAAGGCUUAGGCAUAGGAAUUUGGUUAGACUUUUAGGCUAUUGCCGGCGAAAACAAGAGCUUUUAUUGGUUUAUGAUUAUAUGCCUAAUGGGAGUCUCGAUAAGUUCUUAUUCAGCGAUGAAAAACCAAGUCUUGAUUGGCUUCAUCGAUAUCGAAUCAUAAAAGGCGUAGCAUCUGCUCUUGUUUACCUCCAUGAAGAAUGGGAACAAGUAGUUUUACAUAGAGAUGUUAAAGCAAGUAAUGUUUUAUUAGAUUCUGAAUUUAAUGGAAGAUUAGGGGAUUUUGGACUUACUAAGUUUUACGAUCACGGAUCAAAUCCUCAAACAACUCGUUUAGUAGGAACUGUGGGAUAUUUAGCACCAGAGCUCACAACAACUGGCAAACCUACUACUAGUAGUGAUGUUUAUGCAUUUGGGAUUUUUAUGCUUGAAGUAGCUUGUGGAAGGAGACCAGUAGAGCCAGAAAGACCGGCCAACGAGGUAGUUUUGAUCGAUUGGGUACUGGAUAGUUGGAAAAGAGAGGUUAUUCUUGAGACUGUUGAUCCAAGAUUGGAAAAUAACUAUGUGGUUGAAGAAAUGGAGAUGGUUCUAAAACUUGCUUUGGUUUGUACACAUUAUUCACCAGCAGCCAGACCUACAAUGAGGCAAGUUUUACAGCAAUUGGAUGGAAAUGCUACAUUUCCUGAUAUAGAUUUAGUUUCACGUAGCUACACAGCAUCUACAGCUUCAAUUUCUUUCGUAACAUCUACAAAUGAUGGUGCUUCCUAUUCCUUGUCUGAUAUAGAUUCAGUUCUCAUCAGUGGCUGUUGAAUAUUUUGUAAUUAAUGAGAAUGUUUGGCCUCAUUGAGACUACUGAUAGUGAUGAGCAGCCAGAGCAGUAAGAAAGCAAAGGGGAAAAUAUACUUAUGUAGCUAGAAAUUUGCCAUGUAAUUUAUGGAUAAUUUUAUUUUAUUAAUAGUGGAAAGUUAAUUCAGAUGAUCAAUAUGCAUGUAUUGUUGAAGAAAUCAACUUCUGUUUUCUGAUUGUAUAUAAAUCAUCAAUUCCCAUUUGUCGAUCAA